AUGAUUACUAAAGACAAAUUAAAUUUCCUCAACUCACUUCUAGAUUAAGAACUUUAAGAAUUAAAAAAUAGUAGUGAUUUAAGAGAUUAAAACAAUAAAAUAUUAUCUUUUGAAUCACAUUUAAAACGAAAUAUAGACAAAUAAUUAGGUUUAUAACAAUCAAUUAUUCAAAGAGCAUUACCAACUUUAGGUGUUAAAGAUUCUGAUGAAGAUUUUACUCCAUUUAAAUAAACAUAAAGAAAAUCUACUCCCAUAAGAUCAACUUCAUCAAAACAUAUAAAAUAGUCAAUUGAAUAAAAAAAAAGUUAAAAGAAAGUUUCUCAAGAAAAAAUUAAUGUUAAAGCCUUAAUUCAAGAGAAAUAGAAAAAUACAGAGUUAUAAUCAGAAAUUAAACAAUUGUCUAAAAAAUUAAAAAAGGCUUAAAUAUCAAUCAUACAAUUAAAAUAAGAGUUGUUAGAGAAUGAAAAAUAUAAAGAAAACUUUCUUAAAAGUGAAUCUAUUAGAUAAUAAUAAAAAGAAUUGAUUUAAUGUUUAAAAAAAGAAAUUGAUCAACUCAAAAGAAAAUGA